GAUCUGUACCCGCCUGCCCUGUUGUGGGUGGACCGGGAGCACAUCACUCCCAGGAUUCAUCCUGGGCUUCAUUUACAUGCCGAAUGAAUGUCCCUUUCCUUUAAGCUCCUAAAAGAGGAAGUUAGUAGCUUGUCUCACGUGCUGUGCAGGGAGUGAAAUGAUCUUUACACUGGAACUGCUGCUGCUGGUCACUGUGGAGUACUCUGCAGAGAAGGAAGGAAGUUCCAGAGUGAUCUAGUCCACACUGAUGGUCAGUAUCAACUGAGGACCAUCUGUGCCCCUCAGGAGAUGUGUGGUGGUACAGCAAAAACUACAAGCUGGCCAGUAGGCCCACAGGAGUCAGCCAGAUGUGGAACUGAUGCCAUUUCUGGCGCUGGAAGGAUUUUCAAGACACUUGUACAAGCAAAGAUUCCAAAAUGUGCCAGAGAAGGAAGGGGCACGAAUUCCGCAGUGCUCAACCACAGUUGGUCGUGUGCGGAGUUUGACCUGAGUGACAUUCGCCUGAUAGUGUACCAGGACUGUGAGAGGAGAGGCAGACAAGUCAUGUUUGAUUCCAGAGCCGUUCAGAAGACGGAAGAGGUGGCAGCCCAGAAAGCAGAGGAUGUCCCUGUUAAAACGUCAGCCAGGUGCUGUCAGGAAAGCAGCAGUAUGAGCAGCAGCAGCAGCAGCAGCUCUUCUCAUAGCUCUGGAGGAUCUUUACAGCAUGCUAAGGAACAGCUUCCGAAGUACCAAUACACGAGACCAGCAUCUGAUGUGAACAUGCUCGGGGAAAUGAUGUUCGGUUCUGUGGCAAUGAGCUACAAAGGCUCCACCCUGAAGAUACACUCCAUCCGUUCUCCUCCACAACUGAUGAUUAGUAAAGUCUUUUCUGCUAGAAUGGGUAGCUUCUGUGGAAGUACAAAUAACCUGCAGGACAGCUUCGAAUAUAUCAACCAAGAUCCUCAGGUUGGAAAACUGAACGCAAAUCAGAACAGUUUGGGUCCCUGUCGAACUGGAAGUAACCUAGGUCUGCUCCAGGCGUGCAGCGGCAAACUGCUGCAGGGGCUGUCGGAAGGAGGGCCGCUCCGCCUCACCCGGAGCGCUUCUUUCUUUGCAGCACACAGCACACCAGUUGAUAUGCCAAGCAGAGGGCAGAAUGAAGACCGGGAUAGCGGCAUCGCUCGAUCAGCUUCACUGAGCAGCCUUCUGAUCACGCCCUUCCCGUCUCCCAGCUCCUCGACGUCCUCUUCCAGCAGUUACCAGCGCCGCUGGCUUCGAAGCCAGACAACGAGCUUGGAAAAUGGCAUCUUUCCACGGAGGUCAACUGAUGAGACAUUUAGCUUGGCUGAAGAAACCUGUAGCUCUAAUCCAGCCAUAGUCAGAAGGAAGAAAAUUGCUAUCAGCAUCAUCUUUUCCUUGUGUGAGAGAGAGGCAGCUCAGCAGGAUUUCCAGGACUUCUUCUUCUCCCAUUUCCCCUUGUUUGAGUCUCACAUGAACAGGCUGAAGAGUGCAAUUGAAAAGGCCAUGAUCUCCUGUAGGAAGAUUGCAGAAUCAAGUCUCCGAGUCCAGUUUUAUGUGAGCCGUCUGAUGGAGGCACUGGGAGAAUUCAGAGGGACUAUCUGGAACUUAUAUUCUGUUCCAAGGAUAGCCGAACCAGUCUGGCUUACCAUGAUGUCCAACACCUUGGAAAAAAACCAUCUCUGCCAGCGCUUUCUCAAGGAGUUUAUACUUCUGAUUGAACAAGUCAACAAAAACCAGUUUUUUGCUGCCUUACUGACUGCGGUGUUGACCUACCACCUGGCCUGGGUACCGACUGUCAUGCCUGUUGACCACCCUCCCAUUAAAGCUUUGUCAGAGAAGCGCACCUCUCAGUCAGUGAACACGCUGGCCAAAACACAUCCAUAUAAUCCUCUGUGGGCACAGCUGGGUGACCUUUACGGAGCUAUAGGCUCUCCGGUGAGACUGACUCGCACUGUGGUGAUUGGGAAGCAGAAGGAUUUGGUCCAGCGCAUCCUGUAUGUUCUGACCUACUUUCUCCGUUGCUCUGAACUGCAAGAGAAUCAACUGACCUGGAGUGGGGACCCUAGUGAGGAUGACCAAGUUAUAAACGGGAGCAAGAUUGUCACAGCCUUAGAAAAGGGAGAGGUGGAAGAGUCUGAGUAUGUGGUAGUUACGGUGAGAAAUGAGCCUGCUCUUGUGCCACCAAUCCUACCACCAGGGCCAACUGAGAGCAGGAGCCCUGAGCCUGUGGGAGGAGCUGAGGUCCCAGAGGGCAUCAGUACUAAUAAUCUGGGUCACAGGCCUGAAACAAACACAUGCACGAGGCCAGAGAAGAAUUCUGAGGCCAGUAUCAUGGGCUUCCAGGACACAGAACCUGGUAGAUUGUGGGUUCCUCAAGCCAUAUUCUAUCAGGACAAACAGAAUGACCAAGAGGCAGACCAGGAUGGCUCUUCAAGACCUCCCAGCUGUGAGGUUCCCAGGGUAAAGGUAAGGGUGGACCAGCAAACUGUCCAUGAGGAGCUGCAUGGGGAGAUGCUAAAGAAACCAGCAGAGCGGUCAGUGGCCUGGCCCUGCCCUGACAGACAUUCCCAGGAGGAGCCUCCUGUUGAAAAGGUCACUUUCCACAUUGGAAGCUCUGUCUCUCCAGAGUCUGACUUUGAAAGCCGCACCAAGAAAAUGGAGGAACGGAUAAAGGCCUGUGGACGAUUUGGUGGGGCCAGUGCCUCUGUCGGGUCUAGCACAGACAGUGUCCUCACCCAAGACAAGCAGGGCUCUAGGUGCUCCUUCAAAGCUGACUUUCAAAAUGGCAUCACCCUUGCUCAGGACCACUCUUCAGGGGCAGAAGGUGUCUCUGAGGACAGAGGCCUCCAAGCCAGCAUCAUGGCACAACUUAGCCAAGUGGGUAAUCCCCUUGCAUCUUCCAGCUGUGCAGCAGGCAGUGGCCUGAGACCAUUGGAACAGACUAGAGAUUUGCAAUUAAAAGGCAAGAAAGGACCUUCAUCGGAGCCUGCUCCAAACAGAUGUAAACAGCAGGGCCACCUGUUGGAUGCUGCAGAUGUCCCCUAUGGGGAAGCCAGUGGUAAGGCCAGCCACAGGAUGGAAGGAGACAUUCCCAGGAACGAGAGCUUGGAUAGUGCUCUUGGAGACAGUGAUGAUGAAGCAUGUGUUUUAGCCCUGCUAGAGCUAGGUCGCAGUCGUGACAGGACUCCAGAGCCCUUGGAAGUGGAGCUGCCUCUGCCAAGGUCUCAGAGCACCAGCAAGCCAAAUGUUAGAAAUUUUGGCCGCUCACUUCUGGCGGGUUACUGUACCACAUAUAUGCCUGACUUGGUGUUACAUGGAACCAGCAGCGAUGAGAGGCUGAAGCAGUGCCUGGCGGCCGAUCUGGUCCACACGGUGCAUCAUCCAGUCCUUGAUGAGCCCAUAGCCGAAGCUGUCUGUAUCAUUGCAGACACAGACAAGUGGACUGUCCAGGUAGCCACAAGUCAGAGGAAAGUGGUGGACACCAUGAAGCUGGGCCAGGAUGUCUUGGUCUCUAAUCAGGUGUCCAGUUUACUUCAGUCCAUCUUACAGCUCCACAAGCUUCAGCUCCCAGCCGAUUUUUGCAUCAUGCAUCUGGAAGACAGACUACAGGAGAUGUACCUGAAAAGUAAGAUGCUCUCAGAGUACCUCCGGGGACACACACGUGUGCACGUGAAAGAACUGAGCGUGGUGCUGGGGAUUGAAUCCAACGACCUGCCUCUGCUGACCGCGAUUGCCAGUACCCAUUCCCCUUAUGUGGCGCAAAUCCUCUUGUAACUGACUCGAGGACAGUUCUCAGUGGAAACUCAACCGGAAAGGAGGAAGCGCUCAGUGAUGGCCAAGGCAUGAGGACUCGGAGCAGUAGGUCACCUGGCAUGCCUGUUGCUUAGUGGCUGUUCCACUGGGAGGCUUGUGUUUACUCAGUACCGUGGCAAUUUGUGAUUGGUCCAGAACACUGAGCCUUUGUGGUGGGAGAGAACUACAGUCAAACCAAGCAGCCACCCGGCGCUGUUGGGCAGAAUGUUGAGGGCUGACUUUGGAGUAGGCGGUAACCAGUGUAUAGAGCAUUCCGGCUGGAAAGCGUUUCCUGUUUAAGUGUGAGGGAGCAUGAAGUGGUGCUCUCAGAACAAGCUGUGGCUUCUAGGUCAGAGCUCUCUUUAUGAGCACUGACCUGAAGAAAGCCACGUUGUACCACUGUCAGCUCCUCGGCUGUCGCAGCUCCUGUUUGGCACAGCAUGAGGAAGGGGAUUGCCUGGUGUGAAGAGGGUGCUUUGGAGGCCCACGGCUGUCUCCUCGCAGAGCUUGCUGUGGUCCCAGCGCAGCCACAGGCAGGUCUGAGAGCGAUUGCUGGUGCAGUAAGGCCAAGAUGAGUGCAGCACCCGCCCAUGAGGUGCUGCGGACAGCUUUGGCAGGUGUGCGCUGAGACUGGGUGCUCAUCUCUGGCUUUCGUGUCUGUAGCCUUCUCCAGAAAGACCUUUUACCAAAGUUGUUUCCAUGAGCUCAGGCAAGCGUCUGUGGCUGCGCUCUCCAGCCCAGGUCUCCUUCCUCCUGGCCAUCCCUGCAGAUAACUGUCAUGCUGGGGAGGGCACCCUGCCGCUGCUCUGACAGAGAAAGCAGGUAGCUGGGACAUUUAGAAGCGAUCCGUGUGCAAUCUCAGCUUUUACACAUCAGCUCUGCACUUUUUAUCCCCUUUAAUACUCUCUGAAAAGCAUCUUUCCAGAAAUUAACUUGACCAUUUAUCAAAGUUAUCAAAGUGAAGAACUGUAAAAGUCCAAUUGGUCAUUAAGCCUAAGGAACCUUAGUUUACUGACCAUAAAAUAGUCUGUGUUAAAAGACUUUAAAAACAAAAAACAAAAUCUGGUGUUUAAAAGACAGCAGCCAGUCAAGUACAUGAACCCCUGUCAGCCCCUCAGCUUCCAGCCUGUCUCCAGGCCUGAGAAUGGGGCAAAGCUUCGAGGGUCUCAAGCGACUUCAUAGUUUAUAUCUGGAAAAACCCUGAUCAUGUGACAUGCUUAUCCCUGUUCAUUACAGUUGAGACUCUGCUCCCCAUGCUACUGAGGACAAAUGCCGACGUUAGUCAUGGGUGUGGGCUCACUCUCAUUUUCUGUGAUAAGUAAAAAUAGAUGGUGCUUCAAGGCACUUAAGAUCUUUCAUUUGCAUUUUAUGUGUUUCACAAAAUUGAAGUGUCCCAUUCCUUUAAAUAUCUUUCCACUUUCUACUACCUGACAUUUAUUUGCUGGUUUCAGUUUCCUGGCUCCAUGAUGUCAUCAUUUGCCAGGGAGCCCCACCUGUGGCUCAGCUUUCUGGGCACUUGUUUUUCCUUGGUGUGAAUGAGCUGUCAGAGCAGAUGUCAGAGCCUUCCGUCCUGCCAGCACAGACCUCUCCCCUUCUUUCUCCUGGCUUCUCUCAUUUGCUUGUGAAGUCUGCCUCACCAUUUUCUGAGGUUUUGGAGAAAAUAACUCAAUACAAAGUCGGUUCGGUUCUCAUGUAGCUGUAGUAAUAUGUUGACAGCCCAACUCGGGAGUUGAGCUGUGGACCGGUUGGUUCUCGGCCUCGUGCAUAAAAACUUAGCCCAGCCCUUCGAAGCCUGAAAAAAAUCAAAUCUGCCUCUUAAUCUGAUGUUUCAAGUUUCAGAAGAACAGCUGGCGGGAAACUGACAGGUCACACGGGUCCCCUCGGGGCCCACCCUCACUUGCUGUUACAGAGAAAGACAUGGCUGCUCUUCUCCUGGCUCCUAAGUUGUGGGAUGGGUGUCCACAUUUUCUUUGUCUUAAAUCCAGCCUCUUCUCGGAAGCAAAAAACAAGCAAAACAUCUCACGGACGUGUUGAACCCACAUCUGCUGUUGACGGCUCCAUUUGUCAUAGCCGAAGUCCAUAAAGGGAUCUCACCUUCUCCGAGGCCCAACUCAAGGGAAAAAAAAAAAAAACAUUUUAAUGUUUAAAUAAAGAAAUCUACCUCAGCUGACAGGAUUCCACCUACGCUAGGGUUUCUUCAGCUCGUAAGUCUUACCUGUUGAGUGUCACUUGGGCAGCACCCUGCUUGUUUGAUGAAGCAGGCUGCCGAGGCACGACAGAGCAGAAGUGCGUGUGUGUUCCUGUGACGACCUCUUUCUUAGCAUGUUGCAGUUUUAUAUUUGAUAAGUUGAUAAGUGAUAUGAAUGUAUAGGUAAUUGUGUAUGUUCUAAAAACAUGACAAUGAAGAUUUAAAAUGUAGCUUCCAUACUUGUGCAUAAUCCCAAAGCUUCAUAUUUUAUCAGUGUUAAGUAGCUUUUAUAUAGCUUCAUCCCAUCUUCCAGAAGUGAAAGUCACGCAUCUUCUCACACCUCAUGGAACUGCCGUUUACACACCACAACUUUUUAACUUACUGUAUUUUUCAGAAUUAACUUUUUUGGAGGGAGGAAAAUCCCCACUUGCUAAACUGUCUGGGCUCUUAAUAUGGGGUGUUUGGAUUUUAUAAACUGGCCUGUAGCUUUUUAGGUUUUUCAUUAGUUGGAUGUACAUAAAGAAUAGAAAACAACCCUCAGAUUCUGGUAAAUGUUUGGAUUUGUCCACUGAUGCACACUCGGGUAUUAAGUUCACUCAUUCUUUCAUCAUUAAAUUGCAAAGAUCCACGACUUCCUUGAGUUAAUGUGAAACCUUUGUUUUUAUUGUGCUUGGUGGAGAAGACGUUUUAAUACAAUUUUUGCCUAAAUCAAGCAGCCCACUUUGAAUGUUAAUUUUUUAAAAUGCUAAAAUUUGAUGAACACCUGGAACAUGCAUUUGCAUUAUGUUUAAAUUUCAGUGUUUUAAAAAGGAGAAAAUUCUGGGAUGUGUUAUUAUUGAUCUCGUUAAGAGAAAUCAAUAGGACUGUUAAAUCAGUUGAAUGGAUACCAAUGUCAACGUGUGGAAAUUUUUUCUAAAAACAGCAUUCAUGUAUUACUUUGAUCCAUUUUUCUGUGACACUUGGUGCAAUAAACUUUUUGAAUUUACCUUAUA